ACACAAGUAACAACCAAUAAUGUGCGAGGUCAAAAAGCGCGUGGGAGGCCUAUAUAACGCAUCAAACAACCAACGGCGCUGAUAAGCAAAAUCCAAAAGCUCCAACUCUCAUCGCAGUUCUCCCCAAUCUCCUCUCUCCUCCAUCGUCCGAUCUCCAUCUCUCUCUCCCUCUCUCUCUCUCCCCCCAAAAACAAUUCCACCAAUCCCUCUCUCUUUCUCUUCGUCGCGCGCCAAAUACAAAUCCACCGGGUUUCUAGGAUAUUGGGUGAUUUUAGUCGAUCGAUUGAUUCUUGAACCAGGGAGUCAACAACGAUGGCCGAUGCUCCGGGGAGUCCCGCCGGUGGGAGCCACGAGAGCGGCGGGGACCAGAGCCCUCGUUCUUCGGUUCGCGAGCAGGACCGCUUCCUUCCGAUCGCGAACAUCAGCCGGAUCAUGAAGAAGGCGUUGCCCGCGAACGGCAAGAUCGCGAAGGAUGCCAAGGACACUGUGCAGGAAUGCGUGUCGGAGUUCAUCAGUUUCAUCACUAGCGAGGCGAGCGAUAAAUGCCAGAAGGAGAAGAGGAAGACUAUUAAUGGCGAUGAUCUGCUAUGGGCGAUGGCGACGCUGGGAUUUGAGGACUACAUUGAGCCGCUCCGGGUGUACCUGAAUAGGUACAGAGAGGGUGACACCAAGGGAUCUGCUAGGGGUGGGGAAGGGUCUGCUAAAAAGGAUACAGUUGGUGGUCAUCCUGGCCCAAAUGCACAGUUUGUUCAUCAAGGAUCUUUCACACAAGGAAUGACCUAUGCAAAUUCACAACCGCAGGCGCAGCAGCAUCUGAUGUUACCUCCCAUGCGAGGCACAGAGUAGAGGAAGGUUUCCGCCUUCUCUUCCAGCAAUAUGGGUGAGAUUCAGGCGGCCAUUGCUGUUCCAACAAUUCUCUGAAACCCAUUCUUAUUAUGUUAGAUUUGGACUCUCUGGUCCUCUUCCCCCCUACCAAAGAAUUAUAUAUUUUUGGUCCCUUAUAUUAUUUCUUUUUGUUUUCAACUUUCCCGUUUCUUUUGCUUCAUUGCUGAAAAUGUGAAAUGCUUUGAUCAUGGCUGUAAAUUUGACUCAUAAUAUAGUUUGUGUGAUACUCGCUAGAAA